AUGAACCGGAAAGACAUCAAAAGGAAGUCUCAUCAGGAAUGCUCUGGGAAGGCAGGAGGGCAUGGUCGGCCGAGACAGGCCCGCCGCCACAAGACGUGUCCCACCCCCCGGGAAAUCAGCAAGGUCAUGGCUUCCCUGAACCUGGGCGUGCUGAGUGAGAGCAGCUGCAGUGUGGAUGAGCUACUGGAGGAAUGCAUCCGGUGCUUUGAUUCAUCUGGCAGCCUAUGCCGAGGGGACCACAUUCUCAAGAUGGUGCUUACCAUGCACAGCUGGGUGCUGCCAUCCUCAGACCUUGCUGCCCGCCUGCUGACUUCGUAUCAGAAGGCUGCCAAAGAUGCUCGGGAGCUAAGACAGCUACAGAUCUGUUACCUGGUCAGGUACUGGCUGACCCAUCACCCCGAGGUAGUGCACCAGGAACCCCAGCUGGAAGCAAUCAUAAACCGGUUUUGGACCACUGUAGCUCAGGAGGGGAACAUGGCCCAAAGGAGCCUAGGAGAUGCCUCCAAUCUGCUGAGUCCUGGAGGGCCCGGUCCCCCACCUCCCAUGAGCAGCCCAGGCCUGGGCAAAAAGCGGAAAGUGUCCUUGCUGUUCGAUCACCUGGAGACAGAGGAGCUGGCAGAGCACCUUACUUACCUGGAGUUCCGGUCCUUCCAGGCCAUCACGCCCCAAGACCUGCGGGGCUAUGUUUUGCAGGGCUCGGUGAGAGGUUGUCCUGCUCUGGAAGGUUCUGUGGGUCUGAGCAACAGUGUGUCCUGCUGGGUACAGGUCAUGGUGCUGAGUCGUCCUGGGCCUGUGCAGCGUGCCCAGGUAGUGGAUAAAUUCAUUCGUGUGGCACAGAGGCUUCGCCAGAUGCAGAAUUUCAACACACUGAUGGCGGUCACGGGGGGUCUGUGUCAUAGCGCCAUCUCCAGACUCAAGGACUCCCAUGUCCAUCUGAGCCCUGACAGCACUAAGGCCCUGCUGGAGCUGACAGAGCUCCUCUCUUCCCACAACAACUAUGCCUACUACCGCCGCACCUGGGCCAGCUGCACUGGCUUCCGGCUGCCAGUACUGGGUGUUCACCUCAAGGACCUGGUAUCUCUGUAUGAGGCCCAUCCAGACAGGUUGCCAGAUGGCCGCCUGCACCUACCCAAGCUGAAUAGCCUCUAUCUACGGCUGCAGGAGCUGGCAGCACUCCAGAGACAGCAUCCCCCGUGCAGUGCCAAUGAGGACCUGCUACACCUGCUGACGCUCUCCCUGGAUCUCUUCUACACGGAAGAUGAGAUCUACGAGCUUUCUUAUGCCCGGGAGCCACGUUGUCCCAAGAGUCUGCCCCCAUCCCCCUUCAAAGCGCCUGUGGUGGUAGAGUGGGCCCAUGGUGUGACGCCAAAGCCAGACAGUGCGACUCUGGGUCAGCAUGUGGAACAGCUAGUGGAGUCCGUGUUCAAGAACUAUGACCCAGAAGGCCAUGGCUCUAUUUCUCUGGAGGACUUUGAGAAGCUGUCAGGCAACUUCCCCUUUGCCUGCCAUGGGCUUCACCCACCUCCCCGCCACGGGAGUGGCUCCUUCAGCAGAGAGGAGCUGACCAAGUAUCUGCUCCAUGCCAGCGCCAUCUGCUCCAAGCUGGGCCUGGCUUUCCUGCACGCCUUCCAGGAGGUCACCUUCCGCAAGCCCACCUUCUGUCACAGCUGCAACGGCUUCCUCUGGGGGGUCACCAAGCGAGGCUAUCGCUGUCAGGACUGUGGGCUGUGUUGUCACAGACACUGCAGGGAUCAAGUGAGAGUGGAGUGUAAGAAGAGGCCAGAGACUAAAGGUGACCCGGGCCCCCCUGGCGCACCCGGGCCAGCCACACCACUUCCUCCUACCGGCUGUGGCUCCGAGGAAGGUCUCUCCUAUACACUCUCCCCGCAUCUGGAGUCUGGUUGCCACCUUCACCAUGCUUGGACUCAGACGGAGUCCUCACACUCUUCCUGGGAGCCAGAGAUGGUGCCCUGCCCAGCGCCAGUUUUACCAUCCAAAGCUUCCUCGAAGUCCAGCGCCUGAACAGCAUCUGGAGUCUCUUCCCUUACUCCCCUACCCAAUGCCUCUUCCACAUCUGCGCUGCCUCUCACGAGGCACCUGCCAUCUUUCCCCCCUAAAAAAAUGUCCUUUGGCACUGCACUGACUGCCAGCCAUGCUCC